GAUCGACUGUGGCAGCCCGAGUUUGGUGGUGACAGGUGGCUCCGACACCGUGUCCACGUCUUCUGGUCUCGGAGACACUUUCGAGUUCUCGUGUGGGCCGGGCUUAGUAGUGACUGGCACGUCUACCUUGAAGAACAUGACGGUCAGAUGUGGGGAAGAUGGCCGCUGGGGUUUCGGAACCCUGUACUGCGAAGGUCAAAGGUGCACAGAUCCAGGAACUCCAGGUGGCAUGAACAUGACGUCAGCAAGUUUUGACGUCAACGGAAUGGUGACCUACACCUGUCUACGUCCUGGCUACGUUGCAAGCCCACAAACGCGCACCUGUGUGUAUGAAAACGGUCAGACGAAAUGGAAUGGCUCUACACCCGUCUGCGUGGACACUGAGCCACCGGUCUUCUCGAACUGUCCGUGUGGGGUUAUCUACCGUAACAUGUAUACCUCCGCUGCAUUCCCCAUGCCGUACGCAACCGACAACUCGGGGCUCGUGCUCCCCAUCAAGGUCUCUCCUCCCGGCUUCCGGCUGGACAUGCCGCUAUCAAAGACCUUCAACGUCAACUUCACGGCUAGUGACGUCACAGGCAACACCGCCACCCGCCAAGUGGUCAUCAUCGUCAGGGAUACCGUCUCUCCUGACUUGACAUGUCCAGACUACCUGCAGUUUAACGUCAAUAGUAGCACAUCCUACACUGUAGAGCUUCAGACAGCGGGUAACAUCACCGGGGCUAACCUGACCUUCUAUCCCGACAGGAUGGUGCAGGUGGGGCCUACAACAGUGGGAGUUGCCCCUUAUCACGUGACCACUAUCGACGGCUAUGGAUUUGAGCGACAGUGUGCCUUCAUGGUGGACAUCAAACGUGAGUGA